CCCGACUCCCGCCGCCGCAGCGCGGGGCCCGCCGCCCGGACCAUGGAGCCGGACCACAGCCCGCGCAAGAUCCAGUUCACGGUCCCGCUGCUGGAGCCGCACCUGGACCCCGAGGCGGCCGAGCAGAUUCGGAGACGCCGCCCCACCCCUGCCACCCUCGUGCUGACCAGUGACCAGUCAUCCCCAGAGAUCGAUGAAGACAGGAUCCCCAACCCACUUCUCAAGUCCACUUUGGCCAUGUCUCCACGGCAACGGAAGAAGGUGACGAGGACCACACCCACGAUGAAAGAGCUGCAGAUGAUGGUUGAACAUCACCUGGGGCAACAGCAGCAAGGGGAGGAGCCGGAGGGAGCUGCUGGGAGCACGGGGACCCAAGGGUCCUGCCCACCUGGGAUCACAGACACGGAGUCAAGGAAAGCGCACGAGCCUGCAGAAUCCAUCCCUAAAACUCAGGAGCAGGGCGAUGAGGAACCCUCAGCCCAAACCCCACCGUUGGAUUCCCAGGGAGCCGACUCGGUCUGAGGAAAAAGAGGAACGCUGAAACCAAGACUGCUGUUGGGAGUGCAGGGACACUGGAUCUGUUUCUUAUUCCUUCACUUUUUGGGGAAAAAUCUUGUUUUUAAAAAGUGAUAAAUUUGGUGUUAGGUAUUUGGCAUGGUC